AUGGGUAAGUUACGCACCAAUCUGGUGAAAAAGUUCACUCGGGCAUUCAAUUCGGCAACAUCGAUUAUCGUCUUGGAUCGCAAUACGUUCCAGUUAAAAGGCAUUGAAUUGCAAGCUCUGAUUCCCCCAAUCGACGAGUACAUGACCUACGAAGGCUCGCUUCCCUUUCCCAGCUGCGCUGAAACCAUAACUUGGAUAAUUCUCAACAUGGCUAUACAAGUGUCCGAACGUGAGGUAAGAAUGCAAUUAAAACGACGUUGUUUCCAUUUUUUCCAGCUCAAAACGCUGCGUCAGUUGCGAGUUGAAAAAACUUUAUGGUCGGCAUCUAUGGCUGAUAACUUCCGACCGGUUAAUGCGCUGAACAAUCGUUCGGUGCGCACAAAUAUUAACUUCUUUCUUAAGCAAAAUGUCCUUUUAGCUAAUUUAAGCGUCAACCAAAUGCGCAAUAAUUUGUUCAAAUGCGAGUCCGCAAAUAUUUUUGCGGCUGCCUAUUUUUAUACCAAACCGUCGCUUGUGACUCCAAACUAG